AUAAAUUAAGAUGUGAUCUAAGGGGAGAUAAGACCAUGUGAGGGGUCCUCUCUGAUUUUGCUCCAAAACCUUCCCCUUCUUCUGAUUUGUAGAGACUAACCCAAGAAAGAACCAACCAAAAACAAGUGCUUCUUAGAGCUUGGUAUAGCUCUCUCUCUCUCUCUCUCUCUUUGUGCGUGUGUGUGUGAGGGUACAUGCAGAGCAGUGAGUUUGAGACAGAGAAAGAAGCAGUUCAAGAUUGUUGUUCAAUUUUGCAAAAAACUGCCCAUCAAGUACUUUUGUUGCUGUUUUUUUUUUUUUUUUUCGAUUUUGCUUCUUAUCCAACCCGAACUCUAGGCAUAAUUGGGAUUGUAUCUGAACUAUAUUCAGGUUUAACCUCAAAAAUUUCCUCUCCAAUUCCGAUCAAAAUCGACGAAACAAGGGUACUUAACCCUCCAAGCAGCAAACCCUCACCGUUGCUGGAAUUUCAGUGUUACUGUGUGAUUCUUUCACCGUUUCACUAUUAAUACUACUCUGGACAUUGACUCUGCAUCUUCUUUAAGUCAGGCUACUAAAUCAUCAAAGGAAAGAAGCCCCAAAGUCACUGAUUGCAGAUCACGCAGAAGCCCAGUUGUUGAGGCUCUUGAUUCGGAAGGUGGUUCUGGGGACUUGUUAGGGUGCUGCUGAGGCAUUUCAUCACUCAUCUCUGUGGUGUUGAAUUUGCCCCUUCCAACAUAGACAGAAGAAAGCACUGGAUUGAGGGUUGAGUGCUUGUUGUUGCUUGCUGCUGCUGCUACUGCUUCUGCCUCUGGUUGUGGAGACUAUGUUGGAGGGUCGUUCCUGCGUGGUUCCGAGGUUGUUUCCCAGCUCUUGCCAGGCGGAUGACAAGUGGCCUUUCAUGACAUACCUGCCAGACUUGGACAUAAAGAAUGGCAAGCGCCCUUUAGACCCCGAUGGGGAGGAAGAACCCCAGUCAAGGAAGGCUAAUAGGAGAGUGGAUUCUCACCAUCAAGGCGAGACAACUCAGUUUUUGUUUCAACAACAAUCAUGUCAUGCUGAUGAUUCUGUUGUUCCGCAAAUGGAUUGGGAUUGGAGGAAGGGUUGUGAGUCGUUGAGUAAUUGGCAAAGAGUUGAGAAGACUGAAGCCUUUUCUGCCCAGCUAUUGGAUGAACGAGAGCCGCAUUGCACUGGAGAUUCAUUGGUGGUGUCCACUGACCUUCAAUCCAAUAAACAGGAGGAGGAUCAAUCCGAGGAUUCAUCAGAUUCUGGUGUUCAGCAAUCCAAUGAACAGCAGAUGGAGCAGGAGGUGGAAGGGGAUUUGUUGGAUGCCAGUGACCAGCAGCCACUUGAAGAUCAGGAAGAACAUCAUGGUGGGGAUUCAUCAGAUUCCAGUUCUCUUUUGCCCUGCAUGAACUGGGACAACUCAAUUGCUUGUCUCAGCCACUGUUCCAGGUCUGAUUAUGGCUCUCUGGCCUCACUGAAUAGGAGCUUUUGGAACACAAUCCGAAGUGGUGAGCUGUACAGGUGGAGAAGACUGAAUGGCAUAAUAGAACACUGGAUUUAUUUUUCCUGUGCCCUCCUUGAAUGGGAGGCCUAUGAUCCAAUUCGUGAACGGUGGAUGCAUUUACCAAGGAUGGCUUCUAAUGAAUGCUUCAUGUGUUCGGAUAAGGAAUCUUUAGCCGUAGGAACUGAACUUCUUGUAUUUGGCAGGGAGAUGAGAUCCCAUGUCAUUUACAGAUACAGUCUUUUGACUAACUCAUGGACAUCUGGAAUGAGGAUGAAUGCUCCAAGAUGCUUAUUUGGAUCUGCUAGCUUGGGGGAGAUUGCAAUUUUGGCUGGCGGGUGCGAUUUGGACGGUCAUAUCAUGGACUCUGCUGAACUGUACAAUUCUGAGAAUCAAACCUGGGUACUACUCCCUAGCAUGAACAAGCCGAGGAAGAUGUGCUCUGGGGUAUUUAUGGAUGGAAAGUUUUAUGUUAUUGGUGGAAUUGGUGGAAAAGAUUCUAAGCUUCUUACUUGUGGUGAGGAGUACAAUUUACAAACUAGAACAUGGACAGAAAUUCCUAACAUGUCCCCUGGACGUAGUGCUAGGGGAGCUGAAAUGCCAGCGACAGCUGAAGCACCACCCCUGGUUGCCGUUGUAAAUAAUGAAUUAUAUGCUGCUGAUUAUGCUGACACGGAGGUAAAAAAAUACGACAAGGAGCGAAGAGUGUGGGUUACCAUUGGGAGACUACCUGAGCGAGCAGUGUCAAUGAAUGGUUGGGGUCUUGCCUUCAGGGCAUGUGGAGAUAUGCUUAUUGUCAUCAGUGGACCAAGGACUCAUGGUGAGGGUUUUAUUGAACUCAAUUCAUGGGUGCCCAGUGAAGGGCCUCCACAGUGGAAUCUACUCGCCAGAAAACGGUCUGGCAACUUUGUCUAUAAUUGUGCUGUGAUGGGAUGUUGAAGAAUUGAAUUGUGAAGGUCUCAACACAAUUUGAUGCUUCAAAUCCAAUGAGUUGCACAACAUUGAUUCAUCCCUUGAAACAGAAUUCUUGCUAAUUGGUACUUUCCCCCUUUUUCUAUGAUAUUUUCCUUUCAAAGGCGGGGGAGGAUGGGGUAGAUUCAGAUAUUUCUCAGGAUUGGCUGAAAAGUUUUCCGAGGAGGCUCUUCAGUCCUUUUAUUUUUAUGUUUAAAAUUUUAGUUUUCAUUUUUUUCCAUUGAAAUUGGUAUCUUACCCCAUUUACAUUUACAUGAAAAUUUUCAAAGCUUGCUGUCAUGUAGCACAGGAAUAGGUCAAAUAAUUGAAGUCUCAACACAAAUGUAGGUUAUUGGUGUUGUUUAUUUUAAGUUUUCCUUUUUUUUAAGAACACACAACUAGAUAUUGAUUUUCAUGAUCAUAAAUUUUCGUAGCUUGAAGGAUAGGAAUAAUUUCCGGUAGUUGUUUAUUAAUUUUGGAUUAUUUAGCAAUCCACUUUUCAUUUCAAUUCAAUCCUUGCACUAUGUAUUUUGAGCUUUCCCUAGCCUGGAGAAAGUAGUAUAUAGCCUGAUAACCAUUCCAUUUAUUACUAUAUUUCCUACUUCUGUAUUGUCAAUGAUUGAAUUGUUGAUUGUAACACAAAGUGGCAUAGAUGCCAAAAUUGAAAAUGGGGUUUUGCCCCCAUGGUUAAAA